GGAACGACCACCCCGAUGAAAUGGUCGUCGAUGAGCCUGAAAGUGGUUAUACUCACACGGCAUCCGACGAACCGUCAACUCCAGUUCGUUCCAUCGAAGGUUGGAUCAUUCUGGUGACCAACGUGCACGAGGAGGCAUCGGAAGAGGAACUGCAAGACGUCUUCGCAGAGUACGGAGAGGUCCAAAACUUGCACAUGAACUUGGACCGAAGAACAGGAUAUGUAAAGGGUUAUGCGUUGAUUCAAUAUCCGACACUCGGAGAGGCAAAGGCAGCCGUGGAGGGGGCUAAUGGAACAAAGUUCUUUGAUCAGGAGUUGAGUGUCGAUUUUGCUUUUGUGAGACCACCUGUCUCUGAGGACCGCGGGCGUGGCGGACGUGAAGGAGGGGAGCGUGAGAGAAGCCGGAGUCCGGAGAGGGAGUGAACAGGGAUAUGAAGGAGAUGGAGUUGAAAACGUGAGGAACAUGAUACCCAAAGUUUGGAUGUGAUCGGACGACUGGUGCUGUGGUAUGACAUGCAAGUGUGAAGUGAUCAAGCGGAGGAAAGGUCUUUCGGCGCAUGUACUAGACCAGGAAAAUUGCAUACCAUUGUGCCA